CCACCCACAAUGUUCAAAAUAUCGUUUCUCUAGCUCCGAGCAUUUAGGGUUAAGGAAAGUGCUACGUUUCGGCGAGACGAGGGGUGAAUGAAGACUGGGAUUCUGAAGAGACCAAGAAGCUUUCAGCCUCGGUUGUCGGCUAUAGUGUUGUCAUGAAGACUUCAACUAGUGGAGCGUUCUUUUUCUGUUUUGUCUUGUUUACGGCGCCACUUAGCUCGUCGUUUCCUCUUGAAGAUGGGACAAACAUUGCCAAAUACAAUUUUGUGGAUGCCGUCAGCAGGUUUCGGGUCGAGUUCAGCUGGCGAAACAUUAGCUGCCCGGUGUGUAAAGCUAUCUUCACCGUCGUCGACCUUGCUCUCUUGAGUCAGACAAACACAGAACGUGUGGCACAUGCUAUCGGGGAAGCCUGCACCAAGCUGCACUUGGCUGACAAACGUGUCUGCAGAGAAAUCACCGAACUCUUCCGCGACGACGUGAUCCGUGCGUUGCAGGAGUCAGUCCUGUGGCCCACAGAGGCCUGUGCCGUGAUUGUCGGUCCGUCCUGCGGUCACUUUGACAUCUACGCGCCUUGGAACAUUUCUCUGCCCCAUGUCCCAAAGCCCCCGGUGGUUCCGCCAACACCGCCCAAACCCGGAUCUCCUCAGAGCAGGAUCCUCUUCCUCACAGACAUCCACUGGGAUGCGGAAUACAUCGAGGGCAGCAGCGCUGACUGCAAGGAUCCUCUGUGCUGUAGAAACGGGUCAGAGCCGCCCAGAUGGCGCCACCGUGAGGCAGGUUACUGGGGCACGUACAGUAAGUGUGACCUGCCUUUGCGGACAGUGGAGAACAUGCUGCAGAACGUGGUCAAGGCCGGGCCCUGGGACUGGGUCUACUGGACCGGAGAUAUCCCAGCACACAACGUGUGGGCCCAGACCAGAUCCCAGCAGCUGAGAGAGCUCACCACCAUCUCUCGGCUCAUCCACAAGUAUCUGGGCCCCAAUGUUACUGUGUACCCAGCCGUGGGGAACCACGAAAGUACUCCGGUCAACAGCUUCCCCCCGCCCUUCGUCCAUGGCAACUAUUCCUCUCACUGGCUGUAUGACACCAUGGCUAAGGAAUGGGCCCCUUGGCUGCCAGCUCAAGCCCUGGUAACUCUGCGACAUGGGGGGUUCUACACAGUCCAAAUCCAGCCUGGGUUGAGGUUGGUCUCUUUAAAUAUGAACUUCUGUGCGAGAGAGAACUUCUGGCUAAUGGUGAACUCCACUGACCCAGCGGACCAACUGCAGUGGCUCGUCCGCAUUCUCCAGGAGUCUGAGAACAAGGGCGAGAAGGUUCACAUCAUCGGACACAUUCCUCCGUCGCUUUGCCUGAGCAGCUGGAGCUGGAACUAUUACCACAUUGUCAAUAGAUAUGAAGGCACAAUUACAGGUCAGUUUUUUGGACACACCCACGUUGAUGAGUUCCAGAUGUUCUAUGAUGAAGAGACUAUGUCCCGCCCACUGGGUGUGGCCUACAUUGCCCCUAGUGUCACUACGUACAUCAGCCUGAACCCAGGUUACCGUGUGUACUAUGUAGAUGGGAACUAUCCAGGCAGCAGUCGUCUGGUCCUGGAUCACGAAACCUUCAUCCUCAACCUGACUGAAGCCAACAGUCUUGAGGGCGGUUCAGGCUUAUCCAAACCCGACCCGAGCCCGAAAUGGACUCUUCUGUACCGAGCCACCGAGGCCUACGGCGUGCCCACCCUGUUCCCCUCCGACUGGAACAAGCUCAUCUCCUCUUUCGUCAUAGACGACGGGGCCUUCCAGAAGUUCUGGUACCUCAGGCACAAAGGUCACGUCUCUGAGAUCUGUGAAGACGUGUGUAAAAAAACCGUGAUCUGUUACCUGCGCAGUGGCCGUUAUGAGGAGCUGCGGCACUGCGGGCAGCUCGACGAGUUCUCGGAGGACGAUAUUCCGUCAAUCACAAAGAGCAUGUGUUAGCCACCCCAUGGACUGGAACUGGAACUGGAACUGAACCCGGCUGAAUCCAAACCAGGUAGAAAAAUAAGCCUGUUUACCUCGAGUGACUUUUCUUC